AGCUGGAAGCAGAAGGUCACACUGGCACGCCCCAAGUCCUUCACGACCGACCACACGAUUGUGGUAUCUGUUGCCUUGGGAUCUCGGGGCGGAUCAUGGCGCAGUACCAGCCACAGGCAAGGUCCUCCGCCUCCUGCACGACGGGUGGCAAGCCGCACGAUUCGGGGGCUCUGACGCGCGAGGACUUUGACGGCGGGCCCGUUAGCAUCGACGAGAUCGAGACGGGCCUGUUUCUGGGCAACCUGACGGCGGCCACCCACAUGGAGACGCUGCGCUCCUUCAAGAUCACACACAUCCUCACCCUUGACUCGGUGCCCCUGCCGCAGCACAUACUGGAGGCGAGCUUCCUCACCACCAAGUACAUUCAGAUUGCCGACAUGCCGCGCGAGGACAUCCUGCAGCAUUUGGAGGGCUGCGUGGAUUUCAUCAGCUCCGCCCUAACCCAGAAGGGUAAUGUGCUGGUGCACUGCUACUUUGGGGUGAGCCGCAGCUCCUCCACGGUCAUCGCCUACAUGAUGAAGCACCACAAUCUGGACUUCCUGCCCGCCUACGAGCUGGUCAAGGCCAAGCGCCGCUUUGUCCAGCCCAACGCGGGCUUCGUCAGCCAACUGAAACUCUUCCGCCGCAUGGGCUGCAAAAUUGAUCCCAGCUAUCAGCGCUACAAGAUCCACCGCCUGCGCCUCGCCGGCGAGCAGAUGCGCAAGGCAAAGAUACUGCCACAGAGCUUCCACAGCGUUGUGCGUCCGGAUCCGGACAUAACGCGCGAGAACCCAGAGCCGAUUGUGUUUCGCUGUCGUCGCUGCCGUCGUGUUCUGGCCUCCAAGUCACACGUGCUGGAGCACAAGCCGCGCGACAGGCCGCCGCAGGAGUCGUCCCCACCUGCUCCAAAAGAGGAAAUGCCCAAUGCCCAGGCCCAGUCGGAGAACCAGAGCGGGCCCCGCAUGCUGGAGCAGCUGGCCGAGCGCAUCCGGCAGUCAUCGCUCGGUUCGCCCGGACAUGAGGGCGCGCCCAACCAUUGCCGGAGCAUCUUGUUUGUGGAGCCCAUUGCCUGGAUGCACCGCAUCAUGCUGAACACCCAGGGUCGCCUGUACUGUCCCAAGUGCGAGCAGAAGCUGGGCAACUUCAGCUGGAUCAACGCCUGCAAGUGUCCAUGCGGGGAGACAAUGACCCCGGCAUUUUAUCUAAUACCUUCCAAGGUGGAGCUUUCCAAGGCCGUGCAGAAUGUGCAGACCACAGUUUAGGGGGCGACAGAGUCGUGAAAUAGAACGAGAUGGCACCAUCAGAGUACUGGGCUAUUUGCUCCCUCAGAGAUCACUGAUAGCUGAUCAAUAUAUACAUAUUUUCCUUCCAUAAAAAAAAGCAAGCUUCUUCCAAGCCCGAAACUCAACUCCACAUAUCCCAGAGACUCCUCUUCGUACUCAAAUCCAAAUAAUGCAAAACUAGGCCAGAUGGUGUUAAGAAUCAGCUUCGAUCGAGACGAAAGUGGAGCUGGAGCACAAGUACUUAACCAUCAGUUAGAGCAAUUACGCAGGUUGACAGACUUUUGGGACCAAGAACCGGAAUAUCCUCCUCCCAUAAUUUAUGAUAACUCAGAUCUGGUCCCAGAAAAUGUCCAGGUUUUUUAAAUAUUUAGACUUAAAUGUGCUGAAAAUAUGAUUUUUUGGUUACUUUUGAUGUCCUAUUACUUCAAAACGGCAUCUUAAAAAACUGUUUUUGCCCUUAAAAAUUGAGUUUUAAAAUUAGAAACAAAUUACGCCACCUUAAAGGACUGUUCCUGGCCUUAAAAACAGUUUUUACAAUUUGGGAAAACUAUUAUUGGUCUGCGAGAUAUUGUCUCUUGAAUUUUAUAUAAGUUAUUUUUCCAUAUAUUUCUGAGUGUCGAAUUUGACAAUAAAUAUGGAAAAAUAUAAUACAUAAAAAAACAUAUGGAAAAAUAACGAUUAAAAUUCAAAACAUGACACCUUUAAGAUUCAUAAAUAUUUUUUCAAAUUUUAAAAACUGAUUUUGAAGUGCAAGAACAGUAUUUUUUGAAAUAAUAAUAAUAAAAUAAACAUAUAUAAAUCGUAAUGAAUUUACAGCAUCUCAAAAGUACCCUAAAAUCGUAUUUGCUAAAAUUUUAAGAUGGAGUAUGUCAAAAACCUAUCGUAUAGAAAAUUUUCUAAGGUCGGAUUAAGGUUCAGCCGGUGAAAAAACCCUUGGAAAAGUACAUUCCAGUUCUUGGUUCUACGAUUUUUUUUUUGAAAUUUUGUCGGCCUGCGCUAUUGCCAUCGGUGGAUGCUGAACCCCAAAACUCCAAUUGUUAUAGUUAGCCAAUGAAUUCGCCGAUAUAUAAUAUAGUUAAUUAUACACGUUUGUGCUGUUCCGUACGAUGCAUUUGCAUAGCUUUUUGCAUGUCACCAAGUCUACACACAAACUAUGUAUGCAUUUUACACAUGUAUUUGACUUUUUGGAAAGUAUUUUACGCUGAGCCGAGGGGCAAAACCAAAACAUAUUUUCAGUGACAAUAUCUAAAAUUAUGCUAUAAAUGUUGCAUGUUCAAGUGUUUCGUCGGCACAGAGUCAGGGGAGAAUGGUUUCGCUGGACCUGUGCACCCAGUAUCGAUGUGCUUUGACCUUAAUGUAUAUUGGAUCAUGUAAAUGGGUGUGUGUGUUGUUGAUAUUAAAGUCAAAUUCGUUUGUUUUCCCCACCAAAAGUCACCAAUAUGU